AUGUCAGUUGCCAGAUUGCUGAGGUUAACACAUGACAAACAGGAGACUUUCCUCAAGAUUUUGAUUCUAGCACUGGCAGCUGUUGUCUCCUUUUCAUGCCGACUUUUUGCUGUGAUCAGAUUUGAAUCAGUCAUUCAUGAAUUUGAUCCUUAUUUCAACUAUCGAACUACUCGAUAUUUGACUGAUGAAGGAUAUUAUAAAUUUCAUAACUGGUUUGACGAUCGGGCGUGGUAUCCUCUCGGGAGGAUUAUCGGUGGCACAAUAUAUCCUGGUUUAAUGAUAACAAGUGCUUUGAUUUAUCGCGUGCUGCAUUUCGUUCACUUCACAUUACAUGUGCGGGAAAUUUGUGUAUUUCUUGCUCCGCUUUUUAGUUCAUUUACAGUUUUAGUAACAUAUGCGUUAACGAAAGAAUUAAAGGAUGACGGGGCUGGACUUGUAGCUGCUUCCAUGAUUGCUAUUGUGCCAGGUUACAUAUCACGUUCUGUUGCUGGUUCAUACGAUAACGAAGGUAUCGCCAUAUUUUGUAUGUUAUUUACCUAUUACCUAUGGAUCAAGGCAGUAAAGAGUGGUAACGUGUAUUGGUCAGUUUUAUGCUCACUUGGUUAUUUUUACAUGGUUUCUUCAUGGGGUGGUUAUGUGUUCUUGAUCAAUCUUAUUCCACUGCAUGUUUUGUUCUACGUUAUCGGAACUAUACUUUCAAUGCAAAUUCCUUUUGUUGGAUUUCAACCUGUGCAAACUUCAGAGCAUAUGAUGGCCUUUGGUGUUUUUGGAUUAUGUCAAAUUAUAGCGUUCGCUAAAUGGCUGCGGACACGAAUGUCGGAAUUGAAUUUUCAGUUUCUUUUUCGAUCAACUAUUUUGUUUGCGGCAUGUGCUGUUGCGAUGAGCGUCAUUGUUGCAUCCUAUUUAGGAAAAAUCGCUCCUUGGACCGGACGUUUUUACUCAUUACUGGAUCCAUCGUAUGCUAAAAACAAUAUUCCUAUUAUUGCAUCUGUGUCAGAACAUCAACCAACAGCAUGGAGCUCUUUCUAUUUUGACCUGCAAGUGCUGGUAUUUACUUUUCCAGUUGGAUUGUAUGUUUGCUUCAAAGAGCUGAAUGAGCACAACAUUUUUAUCAUACUCUAUGCACUUACAAGUAUUUAUUUUGCGGGUGUCAUGGUUCGUUUGAUGUUAGUAUUAGCGCCAGUAAUGUGCAUAUUAGGUGGUAUUGCGCUGUCAUCAACAUUGGCUACAUUUAUGAAGAAUUUGGAUUCAACAUCCACACAUGUCAAGCAUGAUAAAAAGGAAAAAGAAAGAAAUUAUCCAUACAAGAAUGAGGUAGCGCAAGCAGUGAUUGCAAUUGUUGCAGUAUUUUUCUUUUCCUACGUAUAUCACUGCACUUGGGCAACAUCCGAAGCUUAUAGCAGCCCUUCAAUUGUUCUCUCCGCACAUGGUGGUGAUGGAUCAACGAUUAUUUUCGACGAUUUCAGAGAAGCCUAUUAUUGGCUGCGCAAGAACACACAUCCGGAAGCAAAAAUUAUGUCUUGGUGGGAUUAUGGAUAUCAAAUAACAGCAAUGGCAAAUCGAACAGUUAUCGUUGAUAACAAUACGUGGAAUAAUACACAUAUAUCGCGUGUUGGACAGGCAAUGUCUUCGAAAGAGGAAGAUGCAUAUGAAAUAAUGCGUGAACUAGAUGUUGAUUAUGUUCUUGUAAUUUUUGGUGGAGUAAUUGGAUAUUCUUCUGAUGACAUCAACAAAUUUUUAUGGAUGGUAAGAAUUGGUGGGUCGACACCAGAAGGGGCGCACAUCAAAGAGGUGGAUUACUUUUCAAAAUCGGGUGAAUUUCGUGUUGAUCGUGAGGGUUCACCGACGAUGCUUAAUUGUCUGAUGUACAAGCUAUGCUAUUACCGAUUUGGUGGACUCUAUACGCAACAUGGUCAAGUCACCGGUUUUGAUAGAGUGAGGCAUGCUGAAAUUGGUAACAAAGAUUUCGAACUCGAUUUCUUGGAAGAAGCUUACACCACAGAACAUUGGAUCGUGAGGAUUUACAAAGUAAAAUAUUUUUUCACAGAUAAUUUUGUCAAGAUUCCUUUGGCUAAUUGUAUGGUGAAACCAUUGGAUAAUCGAGGGCAUCAAUGA